AUGUUACGACCAUGGCCUAUCCUCCUCGGCCUGGCGCUCCCAGCCGCCGCCACAACCACCAACCACAACCAUGACCAUUCAACCAUCUGCCAAACCCUCGCCCACACCCACCCCCACCUAACCAUCACCCUCCCCUCCUCCCCCCUCUACCCCACCCACAACACCUACUGGUCCGCCCGCCAAAGCGCUCUCCACCCGGCCUGCUUCAUUACCCCCACCAACACGACCGAAGUCGCCCAGACCAUCCGCUUCCUCACCACCCACCGCGCGCCCUUCUCCAUCAAAGGCGGCGGGCACACGGCUUUCGGAGGCCAGACACACGCGCUCCUCGACCGGAUGGGUUGUGACUGGAUCCCGCCGGAGCAGGCAGUGACGUCGCAGCGGAGCUCGCUCGGUUGGGGUGAGCGCGGCUGUGCGCUGGGCGGGGGGAUCUCGUAUUUUUCGGGGGGGAGGGGGUGGGUGUGUGAUAAUGUGCGGCGUUAUGAGGUGGUGCUGGCGUCGGGGGAGGUGGUGGAGGCGUCGGCCGGGGUGAAUGGGGAUUUGUAUUGGGCGUUGCGCGGCGGGGGCGGGUCGAAUUUUGGGGUGGUGACGCGGUUUGAUCUGGUGGCGUUCGAGCAGGGGGAUUUGUGGGCGAGUUCGCGCGUGUAUCCCGGGGCGGCGACGAACAGGACGCUGAUCCCCCUGAUGCAUGAGUUGCUGGUUAAGGGGCUGGCGGAUGACCAUGCGGCGCAUACCUACUUUGUUAUGACGUACGCGGCUGAGCUGGGGGGGUACGUGGUGCUCAGUGAUCAGUUUCACGCUACGCAUUCGGAUCUUGCAUCGCCGCCGGCGGUGUUUGCCGAGUUUCAUAACACAGUGCUGCCGACGCUGUCUACCAACACCCGGCUAAGCAACGUCUCGCGGCUGUCACGCGAUAUUGAACAGGCCCCGGGGCUGCGCCAGACGUGGUGGGUUACCAGCGUCGCUGCGACGGCGACGCCCGAUUUACUGCUGGACAUUGUGCCCUUGUGGGAGAAAUAUGUGGCUCGUCUUCUCGCCGCGGCCGCAGCCGACAAUUCCACCGUGUCGCCGUUUCUCAUCUACCAACCCAUCUCGUCCAACAUCCUGGAGGCAAUGCAGGUCAACGGCGGUAACGCGUUGGGUUUGAAGCCUGAAGAUGGGCCACUUAUGAUCGUACAGCUGGCGUUGUCAUGGACAAGCACGGGGAUGGACGCGGCGGUGGAGACUGGGUCUAAGGAGCUGAUAGACAAAAUCAACGCGCUCGCAGAGUCGCGCGGAGCAAGGUCGAAGAACGGGUACAUAUACAUGAACUACGCAGGACAGACGCAGGACGUAUUUGCAGGGUAUGGAAAGCAAAAUCAUGCGAAAUUGAGGCGUGUCGCAAAAAAGUAUGAUCCAAGGGGAGAGCUCCGAGAUCUGUGGAAGGGAUAUUUCAAGGUCUGA